AUGGAAGAGCAGGAACUCGGCGCCCACGACGCGUUACCAAUCGAGUUUCUAGAACCCAUAAAAUCCCUAUGGGUAGAUGCCGGUGUGAAGAAAGCGAUUGCAAAGGGCAACGAGUUUGCGCUACAUGACAACCUGGACUAUUUUUGUGACGACCUCGACCGUAUCUGGGACAAGAGUUACGUUCCAACAGACCAAGAUUUGCUUCGCUCAAGAUUGAGGACGACCGGCAUUACCGAGACCGUAUUUGACUUGGGCCAGCUCACAUACCGAAUGUUCGACGUCGGUGGCCAAAGGUCGGAAAGAAAGAAGUGGAUACAUUGUUUCGAGAACGUCAACUGUCUUCUUUUCCUUGUCGCCAUCUCAGGCUACGACCAGUGCCUAGUUGAGGAUAAGGACGGAAACCAAAUGAAUGAAGCCUUGAUGCUCUGGGAGUCGAUUGCAAACUCGCAUUGGUUUACAAAAUCGGCGCUGAUCUUGUUUCUUAACAAGAUGGACCUGUUCAAGGAGAAAAUCGCAAAGAGUCCCAUUACCGAAUAUGGGUUUACCGAUUAUCACGGGCCGUCAGACGACUGGAAGCAGACUAGCAAGUAUUUUAUGGACAAGUUCAGAGCACUUAACCGGAACCCGGAAAAAGAGAUAUACGGUCACUUCACGAACGCCACCGACACGAACCUCCUCAAGAUCACGAUGACGUCUGUACAGGACAUGAUCAUACAGCGCAACCUCAAGCAACUCAUCUUGUGA